UAUAGAUAAGCGAUUCGCAUUGCAAGUAAAAAUUAUUCCCAACUAUAAAUCUCAAGUUUUGUCUUUAAUUAAAGUGUAAGAUGAGCAAUACGGUCGAAAAAGUAAUUGACUGGCAAGAAGAAGCAGAAGGUGUCAUAAAUGAUAUAAAAAAUCAUGUUAAACUUAUAGAAAUAUCGAGUAAAUUAAUAAGCGAUGGAAGUAAUGUCUUUCUAAAUAUAGUUCUUUUAGAGGGGAAGAGUAUGACAGUUCUGUUGGACAGUCAAGGUUUUCAUAUUGUGUCUGAAAAUGAAUUGGAUACAUGUGAGAUGGAAAAUAUCGAGUCGUUUGAGACCAUUUACUCUUUAAUGGAGCAACAUAGCAAGGAGUACACGAAAUCUUUUGGAAACGAGUUAAUAAAGAAAUUGGAGGAGGUUCAAUAAUCAU